AUGAGCUCUCAAGAUGAACCGCCUGUGAAGAGGCGGGAGUCUCGAUCGGGGACAAGGAAAGUCUCAACUCUGUCAGCGGAACAACUAGAGCGAAAGCGUGCAAACGAUCGAGAGGCUCAGCGGUCCAUUCGCCAACGCACCAAGGAGCAUAUCGAACAACUUGAAUCUCAGGUCUCUACGCUCCAAUCACAGAUUGCGGAGAUGCGGCUCCAAAAAAAACGGUUUGAUGAAGUUGUACAGCACAACGCCUUCCUAGAGAACGAAGUAAUGCGAUUGAAGCACCAAGUUGCUUCUUUAACAGGCCGACCGGAAUUUGCAUCAAACAACGAGCCGAUAGCUUCAUUUCGAAGUGAGUGGUCUUUGGAAGAAGCCUCGAGUAGUGCAUUACCGGGCAUCCCAACAACGGGGGCAUUGUUACCGCCACAAUUCUCUGCAACGUCCCACACUCAAAGGCCAUCUGGCCUUUCAGCAUCGCAUCGAGGGUCUCAUCAGCAUGACUGGCAACAACCCUAUCCGUCCACAAGAUCGCCGUCGCUUGGUGCAGCCUCCGAUCCCGAAUUCCCCAAUUGUCUGGAGCCAUAUCCCGAACAUGGUCAAACGCAUCAAGCACAACCAAUACGCACACCUCAGCAACAAUCCGAAUCUUCUUUCUCCGAAUUCGCUUACAACAACCGGACACUUUCCCUGUCGAAUGCCAGUCCCGUUCCUCAGCCAACUCCUGACCGAGUCUACCAAUCCUCCGCACCAACGUACCAGCAACAGAUACCUCAAUCGCAGCAGACAGAUCCGGCAUACGAGUAUCCAUGGGUGCCACCAUCAUAA